AUGAAGUCCACCCUUGCACUUUCACUCUCGUUCUCACUUCUUGAGCUCCUGCCUCUCAUCCAUGGAGCACCAACCUUUACCAAGCGACAAGACACCGGCCCGAACCCCCCGCUACGCGGAUCGAAAGACCUGCUCGGCUAUUCGCCAAACAACAAGCUGACAGAGCAGACCACAGAGGACAUCCAGUAUACCCUUGUUCCCGGACAGACAGAGGACGAAGAUCUUGGUGUAUACCUGGACUUCUCGAACAACCCAAAUCCGCAGCCGAUCCGUGGCUCAAAGGGAGGAACUGAUCCUGGCCCGCGUAACCCGGAGCUCGACCGCCAGAACAGCGACAAGCUAGCUCCGCCCGGAACAGACCAUGGACAGACUAUCAAUGCCAACUGGCCCAUGUCUCUUAGCAAAGCCAAGUGCGUGUCAAGCAGACUCGGUCUCGACCAUGCAGGAUGGUCCCGGCAAGAGAACGUCGUCGUUAUGCCUGCCGCCACAAAGAUGGCCGGCGUAGACAUGCGUCUUGAAGCCAGCGCUUAUCGUGAGCUGCACUGGCACCAAGCUGGCGAGUGGAGUCUGGUUCUCAACGGGUCGUGCAGGAUUCAGGCUGUGAACGAAGAUGGCCAGACCUUCAUCGACGACGUCACAGAGGGCGAUGUGUGGUUUUUUCCUCCCGGCGUCCCACACUCCAUACAAGCCCUAGAUGUCGGCGUCGAGUUCCUCCUCGUCUUCGACGACGGCUCUUUCUCCGAAGACAACACCUUCCUCGCCUCCGAGAUCUUCGCGCAUAACCCGAAAUCCGUCCUCAGCAAGAAUUUUGACCUCCCCGUCUCUGCCUUCGACGACAUCCCCUCCGGCGAACUCUUUAUCUUCCCUGGCACUGCUCCACCCACAGAAAUUGCCGCCCAGAACAAAUCCACCGCCGCAGGGCCUGUCCCGCGCGACCGAACAUACUCGUACCACUUCUCUGAGCAGCCCGCACAUAUCGUCCCGGGUGGGAGCGUCAAGAUCGUGGACCCCCAAAACUUCCCCGCGGCCAGUAACUUCGCUGCAGCAGUGGUGACCGUUAAGCCCGGUGCAAUGCGAGAGAUUCACUGGCACCCAACAAGCGACGAGUGGAGUUUCUUUAUCAGGGGCCAGGGCCGGGCGACGCUUAUUGAAGCACCAUCGACGGCGACGACGUUUGACUUCCAUGCUGGUGAUGUGGGAUACUUUCCUAUGUCGCAUAGCCACUAUAUCGAGAAUACAGGGGAAGAGGAUCUGGUCUUGCUUGAGGUGUUGCAAGCUGACCACUUUAGUGAUAUCGCUUUAGGCCAGUGGCUCGGCUCAACGGAUAAGCAGAUAGUCGGUGAUACGCUGCGUUUGCCUGAGGAUGCGCUCAAUCAAUUGAAGUCAGAAAAGCAGUAUGUUGUUGCUGCACCGAGCAAUGCUACGCAAGCGUGA